AUGGCAAGAACAACUUCUUUGAUCAUCUCCAACCUAUUGUCUUCCUUGGAAAGGUUAUCUCAGUUUAUGCCUACCUUUAGUUCACUGGAUGCAUCUUCCUCAUCAUCCAUAGCACAAGAAGAUGUAAAUGCUGCCGAAGUUAAUUCGAUCCAAAAAAGAUUAAUGGAGGAUUUGAGUCGAUUGCCGAGGAUGAUACGAAGAAUUCAGGCAGUCAUUCAUGAUGCCGAGGAGAGGGAGAUCAAUGAGAAGGUUAUCCAGCUAUGGCUCAGCGAGCUUAGAGAAGUUGCUUGUGAUGUUGAAGAUGUCUUGGAUCAAUAUGAUUAUCAAGUUAUCAAAAUUCAAGUGGAAGGAAUAACAGCAGCAGCUGAAGCACAAUCUUCUCUAAAGGUAUCACUACCUCCAUCUAAUUCAAUUAAAAUUCCCAUUUCUUGUGGCAUGACCAUGAGGAUCAUUGAGAUCAUAAAGAAAUUUGAUGAGAUUGAAUAUGAUAGAGAAGCACUUUAUCUUAGAGAAGAAGAUGCACCUUGGCGGACUAAUUUCAACGAUGUUAUGAAGAUGCCACCUAGUAGUUCUUAUCAAGAUGAAUCUCCCAUUUUUGGAAGGGAGGAUGAUAAGAAAAAGAUAAUUGAACUUUUAUUGUCUCAUUAUGAGAAGAAGAAUAUUGUAAUUCCCAUUGUUGGCUUGGGGGGUGUGGAGAAGACAACAUUUGCUCGACUUAUAUAUCAUGAUCUUGUGGUAUGCCAGCAUUUUUUCCCUAAGGUUUGGGUCAGUGUCUCCGAACACUUUGAUGUUUUGAGAAUAACAAAAGAAAUUGUGUCAUCUAUUACCAAGUCAACUAUCCCCGAUGAUAAAAAUAACUUGAAGGAUCUUCAUUGUAUACUUAAGGAGGCUCUAUCAAACAAAAGAUUUUUACUUAUUCUUGAUAAUGUUUGGAAUGAGAGAGCAUAUAAGUGGGAGGCCUUACGAGCCCCCUUUUCUGAUAUUGGAGUGGGAAACAUUAUUGUAACAACUCGAUCUAUGUCAGUUGCUCACAUCAUGCAAAUGGUGUCCCCUCCUCUUCAGCUUGAAUGCUUGCAUGAAGAGGAGUCAUGGUUAUUGUUCCAAAGACACGCUUUCCAUGGUCGGAAGCUUGAUCAACAUCCAGAUUUUCAACAACUCAGGAGGAGAAUUACUAAGAAAUGUGGCGGAUUGCCUUUGGCUUUAAAAGUUAUUGGGGGAUUUCUACAAAAUGAUUUUAAGGAGCAAACAUGGAUGGAUGUAUUAAACAAUAAUUUAUGGGAUCCCAAAAAAAUUAUUUUGUCUUCACUGAUCAUAAGCUAUAAUCACUUGCCAUCAUAUCUUAAACCAUGCUUUCUCUAUGCAUCUCUGUUCCCAAAGGAUCAUUAUUUUGAGAAACUAGAAUUGAUAAGAAUGUGGAUCGAUCACGGUUACAUUCAGCUCACAGAAAGAAAAUGUUUACAGGAAGAUAUUGCAGUUGAAUACUUUGAAGACGUGCUAUGA